ACGUCAGUCUUGGGCGCAAACAGCGGCGGUGAGGUUUGCUGGUAAAGUUUGGUUGCUUCGUUGUGAGCCAUGGAGAGUGACUUUUAUCUGCGUUACUACGUGGGUCACAAGGGCAAGUUCGGCCACGAGUUCCUGGAGUUUGAGUUCCGACCCGACGGGAAACUGAGAUAUGCCAACAACAGCAAUUACAAAAAUGAUGUCAUGAUCAGAAAAGAGGCUUAUGUACACAAAAGUGUAAUGGAGGAACUGAAGAGAAUAAUUGAUGACAGUGAAAUUACCAAAGAGGAUGAUGCUUUGUGGCCUCCUCCUGACCGAGUAGGCCGGCAGGAGCUUGAAAUUGUCAUUGGAGAUGAACACAUUUCUUUCACAACAUCAAAAAUUGGUUCUCUUAUUGAUGUCAAUCAAUCCAAGGAUCCAGAAGGCCUACGAGUAUUUUAUUAUCUUGUCCAGGACCUGAAGUGUUUGGUCUUCAGUCUUAUUGGAUUACACUUCAAGAUUAAGCCAAUCUAGAUUGAAUACUGGUGUGGACACAGGCGGGUUGGGAGUAGCUGUUUUUAAUUACCAUUAUCAGGAAAUUCUUGUGUAUAUCAGGGCAAUAUUUUUUUAUAAACUAUAAACGUCUUUAAUAAAUACAUAACAAAAUGCAAA